CUGCCCAAGCAAAAAGUUGCUCUCCAUCUUUUUUAUAAGCCCCCUUGAAAUACUGAAAAGAUGCAUAAAGGUUGCCCCUGAGCUUUCUCUUCUCCAGGCUGAACAGCCCCAGCUCUCAAUCACCACCCUCGAGUUCCUGGCCACUCCUCUGUUGAUGCAGCCCUGGAUGCAGUUAGCCUUCUGGACUGCAAGCGUGUGUUUAGAUGGCUUCUAGUCAUGAGUUAGUUCAUUUGUGGAAGAAGUAAUUAUCUCUUCCGUUACUGCAAGCUGUUCUGAUUAUUGAAGACAGUGUGUGAUUAUGAUUUUUCAGGCCUUCAGGUUUAAGUCAUUUCAGGCUUUAGUUCCAGAAUGGAGAUCAGUGAGUGGAAAUUGCAUAUCAUUUGUGAAUUGCCUGUCUGUUGCUAUACUUCACUGGUAGAAAUCUGUAUGUCCUACAGAUCCGGAGCUGUCAUGUAAGUUGGGUAUUUUGUCUAGAGAAUCUGUACAGAGCUGUGUUACUUCUUGUAUACUAGUAAUUGUCAUAAUGGACUUAAAGAAUUAGCCCCAAACAAGUGUAACUCAUCAGCUAUUGCUGCAAAAGUCAUAUGAAAGUUUGAAUAAUAUGGGGGAGAGGGAAGGUUAAGGGAAAGGAAGUGAGAAAGAUUGAUUCAUAGUUUUUUAUUAGGUUCAUCCAUUUAUUUCUGAGACAAAAUGGCUAAUGCUACAGUUUUUUGCUUCAGCAGACAUUCUUGAUUCUACUUGGUUUUAUUACAGUGUACUUGGAUGUUAGAGAAAAUCAUAUUUUUAGGAUCAGGAGGGACUCCUCAGUUGUAGUAUGGCAUGCCUGGGAGACCUUUUAUGUCCUCAGAAAUAGCAGGUAUUGGACAUUGACUUAGGAACAGAGUGAGGAUAGGUGGUAUGGGUAUCGCAUAGGCUCACUGUGGAUACUAGCCAUAAUAAUCAGUGCUGCAGUCUUCUAAAUAUAUCUGGGUUCAAGGCAUUCCUGUUCUGCAGAUCCCUACAGGCUUUGUUCUGCUUAUUCAAUGAGGCAAGGGGCUAUUCUGGUCCCGGGUUCUUAGUGCUUUUUCGGUCCCUGAAUUCUUAAUUUAGUUUGGACAAAAGAAGGUCAUCUGCCUCAAGAAUGAGCAUAGAAGAAAGGAGUUGGGUCCAAUUUACUGGUUGCAAUGGGUAUGAAAAUAGUACCAGCAACUGUGUAUGAGUUUAUGGUUAGAAGCAUCCUGAGAAUGUGUUUGCUGCACGUUAACAUGUCUCUUAGCAAAGAGUAAAAUGUUUGUAUGUUUCCCUCCUGGAGUGAGAGACUUUGGAGACAAUGUUUACAAAGGACAGCAUACAGUCAGUGCUUCCUGUUUGUGAACUAGCCUACCUCUAGGGCGGCACAGGCUUCUUUGAAAUACUAAUCUAACUGAGCUCUCAGCUGAGCAGUCUUCCUUCGUGUGACCUCAACUUGUUCAAGCUAGAGUUUUUUACCUGGUGUACCUUCUUUGAGGGACACUGCCAUUGUCAAGAGGGUUAAUUUUUUUUAUCCAGAGAGAAUCUUGUAGAGGUAGAUGGUUUGGUUGUCUUCCCUCCAUUAUUAGGAAGCAAAAUACCAGGUGUUGUUUGUGCAACUGGUUGACUCUAAUGUGCAAUUUUGUAUGAUGAGAAUCAUAAACGUUUUUCUGUUAUUGUCAUUAAUGCCUACCUUUUCAGCCUGAUGGGGUCACUGAGUCUGUUGCUUUUCGAAGGCCAGCUCUUUCUUAAAGUUAGUCUGAACUAGUCCUGUGCUGCUUAUCUCAAAGGAUGGAGACUUUAUUUUGAAAAACUGGCAAAGCUGAAUCUAACUUGAGUGGAUUAUGGGUGGUUCAACUUGACAGGUACUUUUCCACAUGAAUUGUGUUUAGUUUUAAUCAUUUUCUGGUUGUAAGAAAAUGUAAACAGCUCUUGGGAUUGAUGCUAAAAAGAAAGGAGAAAGUUGGAAGGAGCAGUAAGACUGUAUUAAUCUCUGUGAGUAGGGAUAAAACUGCAUUUUCAGAAUAUCAUGAAAUUUAGAACUUGGUUUGCCAGAUAGUUUCCAGUGGGUGGGAUGGUAGUGGACCGGAUUCAGCUGUCAUAAGAGUGGUGGAGGAUGGUGUUCCUGUGCCCAUGUCAUUUCCAGUCUCCUUUAUAGGAUGGCUGAGGACCCAGAUAGUUUUAGAGUUCAAGAUUCCUGUGUCCUGCAGGAACUGCAGAGACCUUCAGAAGGGUUUCUUGUGGUAAACAGUGCUUGGUUUAAUAGGAAAAUAACUCUCACCAGAAAGUGCCUUCGUUGUAAAGCAAGUAUUUAUGAUCUAGUGGGGACUUGAGGGUAAGGCUAGCUGCAGUGGUAACACUGAGCAUUUCCAGGAGGUGCUGUGAAAAAAAUGCUAAACUUGCACCCCUCGUUCUUAAUUCCACAGGUAGGAGUGAUGGUAAUGUUGUGACCAUCUAAGAAGACUGCACCAGGAGGCUGUAAUGUCCUUUUCUAGGCUUGGAAACAGAGAAAGGAAAGACACAGCUUGCACACUGUCUUAAAACUGUGGCUAGGAAGUUUCCUGAACUGGAGUGAGAAGAUAGUCACAGGGGGUUGUGUGUGUAUGGAGGCAGAGAAACAUUAGCAUGCAUGAGUUUUCGUAUCUGUCCAUGGAGUUAUACCAGUCUCUGCUAGGGAAGGAAGAGGCAUGUGAGCUUCGUUAAUUGAGAUCAUCUGUGGAUCUCUAGGCUAACAUCCUACAUGGGCUAGGCAUACACACCUUCUGUGGCAGACUCAGCAAAAUUUUUUUAGAAGUGCUGUGUCCCAGCACAGUCAUGUAGACCAGCUUCCUGGGCCAGGUAUCUGCCAGCUUGGUCUCUGCUGAUCCAUGGAAAGGUCUCUCCUCUGCACUCCCUUCUAUAAGUUGUUUGCCUAGCAUCAGGAAAACUCCAAAGGUGGCUGUUCUACCUUUGUCUUAGCAUCUCUUUCCCAGUUGAUUGAGUAAGUCAUGCAAAUAUGUUAAUCAUGAAGCAGUGUCCCUGCUCUGUAUCAUCUCUCCUCUGUUCUGGGAAAGGGGGAUUGGGUUGUCACAACAGCAGCUCCCAUAGGAUCUAUGGAAUUGUACUUUAGAUGCUUAUCAUCUCUGUCUGGAUAUACUGGAAAUUGAGUCUUAGGAAGAGUUCUUAAGGACAGGACUUCUGCGGCCAGUCAGUUCUCAUGUUUGGAAGCGUGAAGCUGUUGCACCUGAGAACUGUUGCCUCUUAGCUACCAGAUGAAGCACAAACCAGCGUGUCUGACAGCUGUCUGGAACCAAACCCUGAACGCAAGCUCUUAAGGCAGAUAAAGGAGUGAAAGGUGUGGAGUUGUAUGCUGUUGUAAAGGCAUCUGCAGGAGUCUGGAGCAAUGCCACCACCUUCAGACAUUGUGAAAGUAGCUGUUGAGUGGCCAGGUGCUAAUGCUCAGCUGCUGGAAAUUGAUCAGAAAAGGCCUCUUGCAUCUAUCAUCAAGGAGGUCUGUGAUGGGUGGUCACUGCCAAACCCUGAAUACUACACCUUACGAUAUGCUGAUGGUCCUCAGCUGUACAUCACAGAGCAGACUCGCUGUGACAUCAAGAAUGGAACAAUCCUACAGCUGGCAGUCUCCCCGUCUAGGGCAGCUCGCCAGCUGAUGGAGAGGAUCCAGUCACACAGCAUGGACACUCGACUGGAUGCCAUGAAAGAAUUGGCUAAACUUUCAGCAGAUGUGACCUUUGCCACAGAGUUUAUCAACAUGGAAGGGAUUACAGUGCUGACACGGCUUGUGGAGAGUGGGACCAAGCUUCUGUCCCAUUACAGUGAAAUGUUGGCUUUCACCUUGACUGCCUUCUUGGAGCUCAUGGACCAUGGUAUUGUCUCCUGGGACAUGGUUUCAAUAACCUUCAUCAAACAGAUUGCAGGGUAUGUGAGUCAGCCUAUGGUAGAUGUCUCCAUACUCCAACGAUCCCUAGCCAUUCUAGAAAGCAUGGUGUUGAACAGUCAGACUCUGUAUCAGAAGAUAGCAGAAGAGAUCACCGUGGGGCAGCUCAUUUCUCAUCUGCAAGUCUCAAACCAAGAGAUCCAGACAUAUGCCAUUGCCCUGAUUAAUGCCCUCUUUCUGAAGGCACCUGAGGACAAGAGACAGGACAAGCUGCUUAACCCUCUAGACCUGCCCAUCACUGAAAUGGCUAAUGCAUUUGCCCAGAAGCACCUGAGGUCUAUAAUCUUGAACCAUGUGAUCAGAGGAAACCGCCCAAUUAAAACAGAAAUGGCACAUCAGCUGUAUGUGCUACAGGUUCUGACUUUCAAUCUCCUGGAAGAGAGAAUGAUGACCAAGAUGGAUCCCAAUGAUCAGGCACAGAGAGACAUCAUAUUUGAGCUGAGAAGAAUUGCAUUUGAUGCAGAAUCUGACAGCAACACCAUCCCUGGCAGCGGAACAGAAAAACGCAAAGCAAUGUACACCAAGGACUACAAGAUGCUGGGAUUCACUAAUCACAUCAAUCCAGCCAUGGAUUUUACUCAGACUCCUCCAGGGAUGCUGGCAUUGGAUAACAUGCUGUACUUGGCCAAAUUUCAUCAAGACACCUAUAUCCGGAUUGUUCUGGAGAACAGCAGUCGAGAAGAUAAGCAUGAGUGUCCCUUUGGACGCAGUGCCAUUGAGCUUACCAGGAUGCUUUGUGAGAUUCUGCAAGUUGGAGAACUCCCCAAUGAAGGCCGGAAUGACUAUCACCCCAUGUUUUUCACCCAUGACCGUGCAUUUGAGGAGCUGUUUGCCAUCUGCAUCCAGCUGUUGAACAAGACCUGGAAAGAAAUGAGGGCGACAGCAGAAGAUUUUAAUAAGGUUAUGCAGGUUGUGAGGGAACAGAUCACACGGGCUCUCCCAUCCAAACCCAACUCUUUGGACCAGUUCAAGAGCAAACUGCGCAGCCUAAGCUAUUCUGAGAUUCUGCGACUACGCCAGUCUGAGAGGAUGAGCCAGGAUGACUUCCAGUCACCACCUAUUGUGGAGCUCAGAGAGAAAAUACAGCCUGAGAUCUUGGAGCUGAUAAAACAACAGCGCCUGAACAGGCUCUGUGAGGGAAGUAGUUUCCGAAAAAUUGGAAAUCGCAGAAGGCAAGAAAGAUUUUGGUAUUGUCGCCUGGCUCUGAAUCACAAGGUGUUACACUAUGGGGAUCUGGAAGAUAACGCCCAGGGGGAAGUGACCUUUGAAUCACUGCAGGAAAAAAUUCCAGUUGCAGACAUCAAAGCCAUUGUCACAGGGAAGGACUGUCCACACAUGAAGGAGAAAAGUGCAUUGAAACAGAACAAGGAAGUGUUAGAAUUGGCCUUCUCGAUAUUAUAUGAUCCUGAUGAGACCUUGAACUUCAUUGCACCCAACAAAUAUGAGUACUGUAUCUGGAUCGAUGGGCUUAACGCUCUCCUGGGGAAGGACAUGUCCAGUGAGCUAACUAAGAGUGACCUGGACACGUUGCUGAGCAUGGAAAUGAAGCUGAGGCUCCUGGACUUGGAGAACAUCCAGAUCCCCGAAGCACCGCCACCCAUCCCCAAGGAGCCGAGCAGCUACGACUUCGUGUACCACUACGGCUGACGGGGACUCCGCCCGCGGCGGGCGCCUGGCGCUGCGGCUCCCCGCGCGGCGCCUGAGCCGAGGCGCCCGCAGCCGCCUGAGGGCGCCCCGCUGCCCGCCCGGCCCGCAGCCCUUCCCUCCGCGCCAGAGCCGCCGACCCGCGGCGGGGCGGGCUGCGCGGCUGCCUCGCGCCCGCGCGCCUUUUGUACGCGUCCCAAUAAUAACCAGCAGCACGGCCCUGC